AUGGGGGUAUGCACAUCAAAAAAAAAAGUGGAUGAGAACAUUUAAAUAGUACCCUAUAAAGUUUGUAUAACUGCGUUCAUUUGGAAUAAAGAAAGUCAUAAUUUAUUUGAUUUUGAGAGUAAUUAGGCUGCUAAAAAGGAAAUAGAAUUAGAUUUUUCAGGUAGUUAUGAGUCAAAUAAUUAGCAACACUUUCAAUGGUUGACAACUAAAUUAUCGCAUUAACAGAUAAUGUAUAAAAUUCUCACAAUUAUAAAACAGGAAUAUGUAAAUAAAUAGAUCCAAUUACUCAGAGUUGAUUGCGAAUAAGAAUAUAUGAUGUUGUCUGGAAUGAAUCAAAAAUCAGAUCAAAGAGUAUGGGCUAUUUUAUGCAAUAGGCCAGAUUUUGAAUCAUUAAAUGUACAUUUAUAAACUAUAAAGGAAUGGGAACUUUAAAAAGGAGAUAUGAUCAAAUUAGGAAGAAUGAAAUUGUAGCUUCUAGAAAUAAAUUAUGUCAUUGAUGCACUCCAAUAAUAAAAAGAAUAAGCAGAAAAUGAUGAUGAAUUAUAAUCUAAGGAUUUAGAACUUGAAGCUAGUUAAUGUAGAAUUUGUUUCUCUAAAAGUGGUUCUCCGUCUAACCCGCUUUUUAGUCCUUGCAAAUGUAUUGGCUCUAUGAAAUAUGUCCAUCUUAAUUGUCUAUAAAUUUGGAUUCAGUAAUCAAUCAAAAUUAAAAACCAAUAAUCAUCCAUUCAAUAUAUAUGGAAGAAAAUGGAAUGUGAAAUCUGUAAAAUGCAACUUUAAAGUACUUACACUUAUUAAGGCUAAAUAUUUUGUAUCAUGCAAAUACAAAAACCAGUCGUCCCUUAUAUGAUAUGGAAAAUAACCUCUGAUGAUAAAUCCAAAGAAGGAAUCAUUCAAGUUAUGGAAUUGCUCGAUAAAUCUGAAAUUAAAAUUGGGAGAGUCCCCGAUUGUGACAUUAAAUUAAAGGACAUUUCUGUCUCAAGAAGCCAUGCUAUUAUUAAAGUGAUUAAGUCAGAAGACAAUCGAUAUAAAUUAGUUUUGUAAGAUAACAACUCUAAAUUCGGAACUCUGUUAUAUGCAUAAUCAGAUAAAUUGCUAAAAUAUGAAUUAUAAUCUCCAUAAAAAGUUCUCUAUUAAAUAGGUCGAGUUCUCCUUUACGUUCAACUAAAAGAAAAAGGCAAAUUUUAUAACAAACAAUUUACCUGUUACAGACACCCAAAUCAAAUUCAAGUCUUCCCCAAAAAAAGCAUUAAUGAAUAAGCUACUAUUGUUCCAAAUCUUGAAAAAGACAAAGACAAUCAACUAUCAUUCUAAACAAAUAAUGAAUUAAAUCAGGAUGACAUAGUUAUUAAUGUUAAAUAAAUAUGA